AUGACUACGGAGGACAACGCUAGCAUGUCGGCCCCUCCCCCACUGUACGACUUUGAGGCGGAGGCGCACCAGCUAACGCGCGAGCAGCUUGAGGAGCGGGUGUUGCACAUGCGGGCGGCCAACGUUGUGCUGCAAACCUCGGUGCUUCGACUGCGUGAGUCCCUAGCAACUCUGCAGGAGGGCAUUCGCGCUAACUACGCUGACCUAGAGCGACGGCAGGAGGGCAUAGCGAACAUGCUGCUGCGACGCCUGGAGGUCACGAAGCGACGCCGCAGCAAGCUAGUCGCCCACCUGCGUAGCGUGGAGGCCGAGAAGGCAUCGCAGGAGAUAAAGCUGCGCAACACCACGCAAAGCAUCAACGAACUGUCGAAGCAUCUGAAACUGGAGGAGCAAGAAAUCGCCAACCGCCUGCAACGCCGUCUGGAGCGACUGCACGCUCAGCGAAAGCAGCUGGACCAAGCCCUGGAGGAGCAGACGAACUCUCUGCAGCAGCUGGAGCAGCUCGUGCAGGAGGUGGAGGAGAUGGACCAGAGCGACGCAGCGGAGACGAGCUCCGCCUGCCUGGCCACUCAAAGCGCAACGUUGACGCCGGCACUCCCCCCUGCACUCGCGAGCAGCGCCACAGCGACCAGCAGCAGCAUCUUUGCUCCUGUGCACGAGCGUAGCAGCAGUCGCAUGAGCGCGGCGAGCUCGACCACCGCCACCACCACGGCCGACGUCGCCUACGACCCUACUGGCAUGAUACGGUACUUGGAGGAGGAGAUCGCGGCAGCCGAGAGCCUGCGCACGGAGGCGCUGUCCAAGGCAGAGAAGUACGUCGCCACGCGCGAACGGCUGGAGCGGCGCCUUGCGCGAGAGAAGCAGAAGCGGGCCGAGCAGCAUUCCCGCACACAGGCGAUUCGUCAGCAGCUGCAGGAUGCAAGCACCGCUGUGAAUGAAAAGGAGGCGGCGCAAGCGUUGACGAUGGAGAUGGAGGUGGACCGGCACCUGAACAGCUCUCGCUUCGGCGGCGACUUCAUCUCAAGCGCCAGCAGCACGUGCGCCACGCCUCAGUUGCGUGCCGUGAGCGCGGGGGCUAGCCGAGGUAACUCGGCGUCACCUGGUUUCAGCCAGCCUUGUCCCGCGCCCGCUGUGCAGGACCUCGACGGACGCCCGCAAGACCCGUUUAUGUUACUUGUCAGCAGCGCCUGCGGCGCUCAGGCGAGUUCCACAAGCCACCCUGACCACCUCAGAGGCGGCAGAGGCGUGUCGGCCAGCAUGUCAGGCUGCACGUCGCUAAGCGAUGCCCAGCCCGCCGCGCCUGGGAUGGAGGCAGCGAACCGUCUCUCCUCAACACCGCUGAACGCGUCGGCUAGUCGUGAUGAGGCAACGAUAUCUUCCGAGGGCAGCCGGCACGCACAGCUGCUUCUGCAGGACACCUGCCGCGUUGCCGCCCCGCGUCCCGCGACGUCCGCAGAGAGCACGCUGCCGUCUGCGUCAUCCAUGCCCGACGCCUAA